CUUGAGUUUCUUGAGUUCCCGCUUGGCUCGCAUGCGGCGGAUGCAGCACUGAAGGUAAACGAUGGCUUUGAGCGACCGCUUGUACCACUGCCGGGCCAACCAGCCACGGACCAUCUUCUGAAUGAUGAUGGUCUUGUGCUCACGCAGAAGCUGAACAAACACACAAUAACACAUGAUGGACAGGGAGAAUAAAAAAACACAAAUACACAAGCUUUAAGAACAUUGUAAUGCAAUGUAGAGAUGAGUGUUCUCAAAUCACUUUUUUCUCUCACACCUUCUGCCUUCUUAAUUUGCAGAUAUUACAUAUCCUGCCUUUAUAAUCCACUGCUGAUCAACAGAACUCAGAUAGCAGGAAAAGAGAGGGGAGAGAGACAGUAAGAGUAAUAAUACAGCCGUAGCUGCUGUGGUCGCUCAGUGGGACAGUCCCUACAUUGGAACAACCUGCACCCUGUGAGGUCACAGUGGGAAGGAGACUUAAGGUCAUCACAACACUGUGUUAUCUUCUUCCAGAGACUUUAAAAACUCCAACCAGUGACUAGCAAGCUAGUAAAAUACUAGGAAUCUGAAGGAAAGACAGAAUUGCACCUUUCGUGGUUUACUCCGUACUAUCUAAUGGCAGAUUAUCUUUGCAUAGUGUUCAAACACAUACAUUAAAAUGUCAGUGGUUUUAUAUAUUUGACAGUCAAUCAUUUAUAAUAAUAUAUAAAAAAGAAGUAGUGGUAGUGUAAAUUAAAAUCAGUCACUUAGAAACACUCUGCGUUUAAACCACUCUGACUCACGUGUGCAGUUAGCAGCUUUCACUACUCAUGUGUCUCAUGCCUGAAAUGAUUCAUGUAAUGUAUGUACUAUUGGGUAUCAGCAUUCUGUGAUAAGCCUGCCCUCUAGUGGUGACUCAUAAAGUGACGUAUUGAAGUUAACAGUUCAGAGUAAAAACAAUGUGAGUUAACACGACUCGAUUGUCUGCUGUGUGUAUCAUUCAUUCUGCCAACAUACACAACAAAAUUGGCGACGAGGUCUGGAUCAACAACUACAGAUGCGUCAACAAGACUUUAAUGGACAUGUAACAGGAAGAGAUUGUGAAAAGACAGCGUGAGUCACAUGAAAGAAAGAGAAGCCAAUUAAAGUGUAAAGCUAAACUGCAAACGAGCAAAAAUGUCAAUGAUUGGAACAAUCACCGCUUUUGAUAGUAAUGCUGAAGAUUGGGGAACUUAUGUGGAAAGAGUGGAAUUAUACUGUGAGGCUAAUGAUGUUGCAGAUGAUAAGAAGGUGGCUGUUUUGCUGAGCGUGAUGGGAGCAAAGACGUAUGGACUGCUCCGUAGUUUGUUAACCCCUGAAAAGCCAGCGGAUAAAACAUUUCAGCAAAUAGUGGACAUUCUAAAUGAACAUUUAAACCCCAAACCCCUAUUAAUUGCGGAAAGAUUCAGAUUCCAUAAGCGUAACCAAGCAAAAGGAGAAAGCAUUCCUGAAUAUAUAGCUGAGCUACGCCGAUUGUCAGAACAUUGUCAAUUUGGAGCUGGACUGGCAGAUGCAUUAAGAGACAGGCUUGUGUGUGGAAUGCACAAUGAAAGCACACAAAAAAGACUGUUGACAGAAAAAGACUUGACACUCGAUCGUGCACUGAACAUAGCAAUAUCCAUGGAGACUGCAGCAAAAGAUGCAUUGGAAUUGCAACAAAAAACAAUGGAAUGUGCAACAAAUAAGCUGUCACUGAAAUUGGAAAGAAAACAGAAAUGUUAUCGCUGCGGAAAAAUGUCUCAUGAUGCGAAUGACUGCUGGUUCAAAGAUAAAGAGUGCAGAAAAUGCCAUAAAAAUGGGCACAUCGAACGUGUAUGCAAAAUGGGCAGACAGAGGAUACAAAAAGACAGAACACACAAAGUGAAACGUAAAUCCGCCACUGUACAUCAAGUUACUGAAAAUGAAACAAACACAAGUUCAGGUACAGAUGAUCUUUCAUGUUUGGAACUGUACAGUAUUAAGGAGACUGAUCGAAGAGUUAUUUGGCUUACACCAGAAGUGUCAGGAGUCAAACUAAAAAUGGAGUUAGACACUGGAUCGGCCUUAUCAGUCAUCUCAGCAGCUGAUUACCAGCGACUGUUCUCAAAAAUACCACUGCAAAGCACAUCAGUGAUAUUAAAGACCUAUACUGGUGAAACAGUGUCUCCGAAAGGGAAAUUACCAGUAAUUGUGAAGUACAAAGAAAAUCAGCAGCAACUGAACUUGUAUGUGUUGGAAAAUGGAGGGCCUGCAUUGUUUGGACGUGAGUGGCUGAGGAAAAUACCUGUGGACUGGCACACAAUAAAAAACCUGGAUGUGUCCCAGCAAGUCAAUAACAAAGAGACACAAAAGACCCUAGUGCAAAUUUUAGAAAAUGCAGAACCUGUGUUUCAGAAAGGAAUAGGAACACUUAAGGGAAUAAAAGCAAAUCUGGAGUUGGAAGAAAACACUUCUCCAAAAUUCUUUAAAGCUCGCCCAGUCCCGUACGCAAUUCGUCCCAAGGUGGAGGCAGAGCUGGAAAAUUUGGAAAAAAUGGGAAUUCUGACAAGGGUUGAAUGGAGCGAAUGGGCAACACCCAUAGUCCCAGUGAUCAAAAAAGGGAAAGCAGGAGAUGUGCGUAUUUGCGGGGAUUUUAAAGUGACCAUUAAUCCAGCGCUUCAUGCAGUACAGUAUCCCCUGCCACGCAUUGAAGACAUUUUUGCAUCCUUGUCUGGUGGAGAACACUUCUCAAAAAUUGACCUAGCCCAAGCUUACCUUCAAAUGGAGAUGGAUGAGAAAUCCAAGAAAUUCUUGACCAUCAACACACAUAAAGGGCUCUAUCAGUACAACCGUCUUGUUUUUGGAAUUGCCUCAGCCCCUGCUUUGUGGCAGAGAGCGAUGGACCAGGUGUUGCAGGGUAUCCCGGGAACGCAGUGUUACCUGGAUGAUAUCAUUGUAACGGGGAAGGAUGAUUCAGAUCACCUCCAAAACUUGCAACGGGUGCUGAUGAGAUUGUGUGAGUAUGGACUAAGAGCCAACAAAGAAAAAUGUGAGUUCUUUAAGUCUCAGAUUUCUUACUGUGGUCAUGUGAUAGACAAAGAUGGUCUACACAAGUCACAAGACAAAAUUGAAGCUGUGCUAAAGGCGCCACACCCACAAAAUGUGUCUCAACUGCGAUCAUAUCUCGGACUUGUGAACUAUUACCACAAAUUUCUUCCAAACCUCUCCACUGUACUACAUCCUUUGAAUGCAUUGUUGCAAACAAAGACACAGUGGAAAUGGUCGGACAGCUGUGAACAAGCUUUCCAAGAGACCAAAAGGCUCAUAACUUCUGAUGUAGUGCUGACACACUUCAACCCAUCUAUGCCUAUCAGACUGGCGUGCGAUGCAUCACCAUAUGGAAUUGGCGCAGUGCUGUCACACAAGUUUCCAGAUGGCACUGAAAAACCGAUAGCCUUCGCAUCUAGAUCACUAACGACAGCAGAACGUAACUAUGCACAAAUAGACCGUGAAGCACUUAGUCUCGUGUGGGGUGUAAAAAAAUUCCACCAUUAUCUGUAUGGUCAAAGGUUUACCCUGAUCACAGAUCAUCAGCCCUUGGUCUCGAUCUUCAAUGUUCGGAAGGGUGUCUCAGCGAUGGCCUCAGCACGGCUGCAGCGUUGGUCACUCUUUUUGGGUGCUCACCAAUAUGAUAUCGAGUACAAAGGCACCAAACUACACGGUAAUGCUGAUGGCUUGUCACGUCUUCCACUAAAGUUGACAGAAGAGUCAAAGGCGAUGGAUCCAGCUGACGUGUUUCAAACCUCAAUUGUGAGUCAGUUUCCUGUGACAAAUGCCACUAUUCAGAGAGAAACCCGCAAUGACCCAACAUUGUCUAAGGUCUAUGAUAUCACUGUACAUGGGUGGCCGACAAAAGGGAACUCCCUAUAUCCAGCAUUCGCAGCGAGGAGAGAACAGCUUUCUGUGUGUCAAGGAACUCUAAUGUGUGGCUUACGAGUCGUCAUUCCCUCCAAAUUGCGCAGUAAGAUGCUGGACACACUGCAUGAAGGACAUUUGGGCACUGUAAAAAUGAAAAACCUUGCCCGCAGUUACAUGUGGUGGCCGGGAAUCGACAAACAGAUUGAGGAUCUGGCAAAGGCUUGUCCAGGAUGUCAAAAGACACAGAACUCUCCGCCAUUAGCUCCCUUGCAUCCCUGGGAAUGGCCGUCAACACCGUGGCAAAGAGUGCAUGUCGACUUUGCUGGACCAUUCAAGGACUCAAUGUUCUUGAUCGCCGUGGACGCGCAUUCUAAGUGGCCUGAAGUUGUUCUAAUGAAGACAACCACAUCCGAAAAGACUGUUUCUGUGCUAAGAACAAUAUUCUCCAGAAAUGGGCUGCCAGAACAGAUAUGCACGGAUAAUGGACGACAGUUUGUCUCAGACGAGUUUCAGAAAUUCAUGAAGCUGAACGGAGUCAAGCACAUUACUUCCGCACCAUACCAUCCUGCCACUAAUGGCUUGGCAGAAAGGUUUGUACAAACCUUCAAGAAAGCAAUAAAAGCAAUGGAUAAUGACACUAUCUCGCUCCAACACAAAAUAGACAACUUCCUUUUCAUGUACAGAAAUGCCACUCACUCCACGACUGGUCAAACACCAGCGAUGAUGUUCCUGAAGAGGAAUUUAAGAUCUCGUUUGGAUCUCAUCAAACCUGAUGUUCGACGAGAUGUAGAAAACAAACAAUUUGUGCACAUGAACAAUAGACAAACAAGAAACUUCCAAGUAGGACAAGAAGUCUUAGCACGUGACUACAGACUGGAAAAGUGGCAGCCAGGUACCAUCACCACCAGAACUGGACCCUUGAUGUACACAGUAAAGGUUGGAGACAACACAUGGAGACGGCAUGCAGAUCAGCUGGUGGAUCGGCAGACAAAAUCCUCGCUGUUACCUGUUUCUGAUUCACCUGACAAUGUCCCUGAUGUAAAUGACAAGGUCAAUGAUGCUGUUGAGACUGCCCCUCUUACCUCAGUUAACACGAACGAUUCUGAACCACAAAAUGAUGAACCAGAUGGGACGAUUCCAGUUACACCUGAACAGCACCCAGGUUCACAGAGACGUUAUCCUGAGAGAUGUAGGAAACCUCCCCAAAGGCUUGAUUUGUAGUUGUGUUUUAGUUGGCAACAUUGUUCAGGUUAAUUGUAAAUGUUAUGCAGUAAGUUUAUAGUUAUGUAUUUCUUGUUUCUUAGGUUGAUUAAUCUAGGGGGGGAGGAAAGUGUAAUGUAUGUACUAUUGGGUAUCAGCAUUCUGUGAUAAGCCUGCCCUCUAGUGGUGACUCAUAAAGUGACGUAUUGAAGUUAACAGUUCAGAGUAAAAACAAUGUGAGUUAACACGACUCGAUUGUCUGCUGUGUGUAUCAUUCAUUCUGCCAACAUACACAACAAUUCACUUGUUUCCAGUGUGUUUAUUAUAAGCCAGCCAGCAUCAUAUUUUACCCCGAUGUAUAUCAAUUUAUCAGUGUUUGUUUAAAUGGUAAGUUGUUAACGUCGUGUAUACUGGUAUGAGACCAGUACUGUUUGUGAGCUGUGUGUUUAUGACUGGGACAAAGAUAUUUCUAAAUGUAAGAACGGUGUAUCAGUAUGUC